AUGAUGGCGGUGCGUGAACGCGCAGUAGCAGUAAUGGCUGCCCUGGAUCGGCGGGUCCCCAGUCUCGAUGAUUUCGCAGGCCAAAGCUGGAGCUCCUGGGUCGAAAGGGCUAAAGUUUUCGUGCCGGAUGGAUCUGAUGCAGAGGAGUGCAGCAAGAAUGGGAAGAAAAAGGUGGAAACGAUGACCCUGCGGAAGGAAGACAUGUCCAUCUUCGGACACUGCCCGGCGCACGAUGACUUCUACCUGGUGGUGUGCAGCCACUGCAGUCAGGUGGUGAAGCCGCAGGCCUUCGAGAAGCACUGUGAGAGACGCCACGGGCCCCUCAGCAAGCUGUACGGCCGCCUCCACCCCUCCCCCUCCUCCUCCCUGCAGCGGCCCCGCCACGGACACCCCCCGUCCCUGCACGGGGCGUCCCACGCUGCGCGGGACGGCAGGCAUCAGGGAGCGGGGCCCCCCCGGGUCCCGCCGCAGCCCCCCCUCACGCCGCCUCAGUACAGACAUGUGAAAUCCCAGAAGGAGGCAGCUGGCUUUUCGCCAUUGGAUAAAGUUUCUGGGACUGCCCCUCCCGGUAGCUCGAGUUUCAAGCAACCCCCUCCUUCGGAGUCCCCCCCGGAGUCCCCGGCCCCCAGCCUCCGAGAUCCCCCUUGGCCCCAUGGUGCCACUCCGCCCAGCGUGCCGCCCGCUUCAGAGAAGCCGCUGCAGCGGAGAGGGGAGCCGGGCCGCUCCCCCAGCCUCCUCGCCCCACUCCGCGGCCCCAGGACCUACAAGAAAGUUUCCAGGAAAGAAUGCGACCUGGACAAGCACUGUGGAGUGCUGGACCCGGAGAGGAAGAAACUGUGUACCAGGCUGCUGACUUGCAAUAUCCACUCCAUCCACCAGCGGAGGAAGGUUAUUGGUAGAAGCAAGAACUUUGACCAGCUGGUGGCAGAGCUGAAGACCGGGUCCAAGGCGCGGGAGCGGCCGGCCCCAUCCAGGGAGGGGCCCGAGGGCUCCUCUCCCGGCCCCGAGGUUUCCGGGGACCAGAUGGGAGGGCCGCAUUGCAGGAGACACCUCGCCAGCAGCACGGCGUUCAGGACCAGGACAUCGUCGGAGAGCGCCCCGGAGGAGGAGAGGGCGCGACCGGAGGAGCAGGAGGCGCAGAUGCUUUCUCCUCCCGCUCACAGCCGGCUCUCCAGCGAGGAGAGCGAGGGGGAGGGGCAGGAGGAGAACCCUGAGUGGCACUCAAGCCCCUGGCACCCAAAACCGCUCGCUUUUUGCUCAUUUGGCAGCCAUGCUCUGGGCCGCAGUGUCUUCACCUUCGACCGAAGAUUACACCACCUGCGGUCCGCUCUGAAUGCCAUGGUGGAGCACCACCUCAACGCCCACCUGUGGAAGAAAAUACCUCAAGCGACAGAUGUCCAGACACAUCGCACCUUGGCCAAGGGCUCGAUCGCUGCCACCGUUACUGGCUCCAGCUCCCAGCAUUCCACAGUCAGUACUGCCAGGGGGGUGGGACUUCCCAGUGCUUCCUCCCUCAGGACUUCCUCCUCGAAUGGGGCCGGGAGGGAGACACGGCCACAGAACUGCUCCCCCAGCUCCGGCACCACCUGCGGCCUGUCAGAAGGCACAGGGAGCAGCCAGCCUGUGACUCCGCCCCUCCCUGCCAGUACCUCCUCGCCCUCAGGCCUCAGCCGCCCGCGCAAUCCCGUAGGCCGGCCGAGCAAGCAGCAGGUGCGCUUGAAGCAGGUGGAGCAAGCCACCACUUCUCGCAAGCGGAGGGUGUCCCCCGAAGAGGACGACUCGCCUAGCCACGACAGGAACUCUGUGCUCCACGACAAAGGACGGUUGCCUGUUCUGGGCAGGACGGCCCCCUCCCCUCACGGACCAGUCAAUGGCGCCCUGUCGCCCGGACACAAACCGCGCCCUCAGACAGCCCCCGCGGAGCCUCAUUCAACCUCCCCGGGGCUGUUCAAGCGUGUGCCUCCCCCUAUUCACACAUCCCCUGACCCUUCCUCUCGAGGCAGGGGGGGCGGCUCGAGCCUGCACAGUAAGACAGUCAGUUAUGACCACAAGGGUCUAGGCAGGAAAAGCAAGGACAGCAGCCCAUCAUCCCCCAAAGCUCACCGGCUGCCCGCCUCCUCUCACUCCAGCUUUUUCUCCUGGAAGAAAGACGGCAAGGGAGGAGGGCUCUCCACAGGACUGGAGAAGAAACUCAGCACGCAGAAGCCAAAACUGCAUCACUGAGAGUGCCUGCCUUAUAAGCCACUUGGAGAUGAAGCCUAUAGGAGUCUAUUGCCAC